AUGAUGGCUCUCGUUAUGGAACCUAUUAGCAAGUGGACGCCCAAGCAAGUAGUGGAUUGGAUGAAAGGCCUCGAUGAUUGCCUCCAACAAUACAUCAAAAACUUUGAGAGAGAGAAGAUCAACGGGGAGCAGCUGCUGCACAUCACUCACCAGGAGCUGGAGGAGCUGGGAGUGACUCGCAUUGGCCACCAGGAGCUGAUCCUGGAAGCAGUUGAUCUGCUCUGUGCAUUGAAUUACGGUUUGGAGACUGAAAACCUGAGAACUCUGUCUCACAAGCUGAACGCCUCAGCCAAAAAUCUUCAGAACUUUAUAACGGGUAGGAGGAGGAGCGGCCAUUAUGAUGGCAGGGCCUCCAGACGACUGCCAAAUGAUUUUCUUACCUCUGUAGUUGACCUGAUUGGUGCUGCCAAGAACUUACUCGCCUGGCUGGACAGGUCUCCGUUUGUCAGCGUGACAGAAUAUUCACUGCUGAAAAACAACAUUGUUCAACUGUGCCUGGAACUAACAACCAUUGUGCAACAGGAUUGUACGGUGUAUGAAACAGAAAAUAAAAUUCUUCAUGUGUGUAAAACCCUGUCUGGGAUUUGUGACCACAUCAUUUCUCUCUCAUCUGACUCGCUGGUGUCCCAGUCAGCACACCUCGAGGUCGUUCAUCUCACCAGCAUCAUGCCCAGUGAGGGGUUGGGAAUGUAUAUCAAAUCAACGUAUGAUGGACUACAUGUAAUCACAGGAACAACAGAAAAUUCUCCUGCUGACCAGUGUAAGAAAAUCCAUGCUGGUGAUGAGGUGAUCCAGGUCAACCACCAAACUGUGGUUGGCUGGCAGUUAAAGAACCUAGUAAAUGCACUAUGGGAAGACCCAAAUGGAGUGAUUUUAACCUUGAAAAAACGUCCUCAGAAUACCCUGGUUUCUGCUCCUGCCCUUCUGAAGAACGUGAGGUGGAAGCCUCUGGCACUGCAGCCUGUGAUUCCAACCAGCCCCACAAGCAGCUCUACAACCCCAACGAGUACGAUGGGCAUGUCCUCAAAAAUGGACAACUCUGCACUCCAGGAUGUUUUUAUUCUCUCUCCUAUGUCAGGACUUUAUGGACCCAGGGAUGAAAUUGGAAUAAUGUCUUGUGAUGACAUCAGCAAAUUUGGAAAGUCUGGGAUGAAAGGCUCUGAGUCUCCAAACUAUUUCCUGGAGCACGAGAGUGGGAAAUACUACACUCUGAUUGAAGGAGAAGGCCACCCUGGGAGCUCUGAGUACGAGAGGAGCAGAGCCACAGGCGUGAGGAGAAGGGAAAAAACCCCCACUCAUGGGAAAACCUCUGAGAAGCUCAGAGCAGUAAAGGGAAAUGUGUCUGUGAAGAACACAGGAGAUUUGAGGCCAGUUUCGAUGCCUACUGAGUACAGCUGGAUAGGGGAGACCAAAGAACAGAACAUGUACAAGAGGGGAAGCAGAGACUCUGAGAAUUCGCUGCUGCGCUACCUGAGCGAUGACAAGAUCCUGGUGAUCCAGGAGGAGCCUCUGGCGCAGAAGGACAGCAAACGGGACACGGGCCGGAGGUCCAGGAAAAAGGGCAAAGCCCCAGGGAACCCCAGCUACCCCAUCAGCCCCUCGGUGCUGGCCUCCAGCAUCAGGCUGGAGCCAGGGCAGCAGGACGUGCUCAGCUUCUCCCUGGCAGAGAACAACACGGUUCCACUCUACCACAGAGCAGGGGAUACAGUCAGUGGAGAUACUGAAAGAUAUGCAAGUUCUGCCAUUGACCAUCCAGGAAACACAUCCAUGAGGAAGUCAUUCCAUUACGCUUCCCUCAGGGUAAAAAGCAGAAAAUGGUCAAAAGGGAGUUCCCUCUCCAGCGUGAGCAGGAGGCGCAUUUCCUGCAAGGACCUGGGCCACGGCGACUGCGAAGGCUGGCUCUGGAAGAAAAAGGAUGCCAAAGGUUAUUUCACCCAGAAAUGGAAAAAGUACUGGUUCAUCCUGAAGGAUUCCUCCUUGUACUGGUACACGAACCAGAACGAUGAAAAAGCAGAAGGAUUUAUUAGUUUACCCGAGUUCAGGAUAGACAGAGCAAUUGAAUGCAGACGAAAACACGCCUUCAAAGCAUGUCACCCCAAAAUAAAGAGCUUCUACUUCGCAACCGACUGCCUUGAAGAGAUGAACAGAUGGAUGAAUCGUUUGGGUCUCGCAGCAAUUGGUUACACACCUGAUGACAAGGAUAUUCACCCAGAUGAAGCAGAUUACUGGAGCGAAAGCGAUCAGGACGACAUCGACGGCUCCCUGACCCUGAAGCAGGAGGGUUCCUCCACGCUGUGUGACACCUACCACCGCACACCCUCAGUGAAUUCUUCAAGUCCAUUCCCUGAAGCCAAACAAGGUCGACACUUUUCCAGUGAAUCAACAUAUUCCCACUCUUCUGCCGAGGACUCCCGGCAGGAUGCAGCAGGCAGCACACACUCCUCGGGGUGCAGACCUCCCUACCGAGAACGGCGCUCCUGGCAGGACCUGAUAGAGACUCCCUUAACCAGUUCAGGGCUCCAUUUCCUCCAGACUGUCCCUCCAGAGGCGGAGUACGUGAGCGGCCGGCCCGGAAUGUCCCCAGACAAACGGAGACAAGCCACGCUGCCUGUCCAGAGGCGCCACAAUUUUGAGCAGGAUGGGCCUUUUCCUCUGGUGGAGUGUCCGAGGGGACACGGCUCCCACGGGCGGCCCCAGAAACAGCGCAGCCAAAGCCUUCCCCGGAACAGAGACGUCCGCGGAAAGGGACGCGUAAAGUCCAUUGAAGGGCCCGAUGACAAUCUGGAAGAGAAGGUUCCUAUUAGAAGGCACAAUAGUUUCUGUGCAGAAGAAAACAUAAAAGAAAUUGAAGAAAUUACAGAUGGUCUGCAAGAGCUCUACAGAACUCUGGAAGAAGCCAGUCUGUCAGCUUUUGGAGAGCAGCGUCCCUCCACCAAGCAGGAGUUCCGCAAGUCCUUCGUGAAGCGGUGUAACGACCCAGUGGUCAACGAAAAGCUGCACCACAUCCGAGUCCUCAAGAGCACUUUAAAAGCAAAAGAAGGGGACCUCACAGUUAUCAACAACCUUCUGGAUGAUCCCAACUUAACAUCCAAGAAGUUCAAAGAUUGGAAAUUAAAGAACUACGAGUUUUUCCUGGACAUUUGUGAGUACAGUGCUGCUGGGAAGUCUCAAAACGGAGCCUCUGAACUGGCCAGCUCAGCCCCAAUGCUGACACACACACACUCCUUCAUCGAGACUCACGUGUGA